UUUUGUAUAUGCUCUAUUGCGUUCUCGAAGCUGGCCAGAAUGUAAUGUAUUCUCAGCAUUACCAACUAUAAUUGUUACAGAUAGUGGAGUCCAAACCGAUAAAAUUACCUGUGAUCAUGAAGAAAACAAUCGCUGGGUUAUGAACAAACUUAAAGUAUUAUCCCAGCAUCUACUUGAUUAUAAUAAAAGAACUUUCGAGAAGUUCAUGCGAGACAUAGAAAAGAAAUAUAAAGAACGGGUUAAUGCUAAUAAGAAGUUGCGAUGUAAAGUUGAGGAUCUGAAGUUGCAG